AUGGCCAUCAAGGAGCAUAGCGAACCAUCUGAAAUGGAGGGAUUGACCAAGAAACUGGCAAGUGAAGUCCAGGCCCUGGAGAAGCUCCUUCGUCUCGGUGGGCAUCAGGUGCCCUCUUUCAACAGAGACACCCCUCCCACUGUUGUUCCCAACGAUGCGCCAGAAUCUGCCCAUUUCGCAAGAGAAAAGGUCAUGGACUACGCCUUGCAGUUAUUUCAACUUGCUGCUGGGCCUAGUGAUUAUCUUGCUAAUCUUCAGACUGGUUACCAUUAUAUUGCCUGCCUUCAGUGGCUCUCCUCCUUCAAAAUAUUCGAUCUUGUCCCAUUGAAGGGCGAAGUCUCCUAUGGCCAGCUGGCACUGGAUGCCCAGGUGUCUGAGUCGCGCCUGAAGAGCGUAGCUCGAAUGGCAAUGACAAGUGGCCUCUUUGCAGAGCCUACUCCCGAGCGCAUCGCUCACUCUCCAACUUCAGCUCUUCUACGUACAAGUGAGAACUUUGGCGACUGGGCUGUAUUUAUGUGCGACAUCUCAGCCCCAACCGCUGCUGCCAUGGUUGAAGCUCAUAAGAUAUGGCCCGAUGAUGUGGAAAAAACUCACACGGCAUAUAAUAUUGCGUUCGAUACAGACGCCUCCUUCUUUCAGCACCUCAAGCAGCUUCCGGAACGCCAGAAGCAGUUUGCUGGGUAUAUGAAGAGUGCUGCGUCUAACCGUGGAACGCACCUUAGGCACAUGGUCAAUGGCUACGACUGGGCCAAGCUAGGAAAAGCAGUUGUUGUUGACGUCGGUGGCUCCGUUGGCCAUGGUAGUAUAGCCCUUGCACAAGAGUUCCCACAGCUGAGCUUCAUUGUGCAAGAUUUACCUUCAGUCGUCAGCGGAGCUGAGCAGCAGCUGGCUCCCUUCGCGGAUAGUGAUUUGGCUGGGCGCAUCAAAUUCCAGGGACACAGCUUUUUCGAGUCACAACCCGUUGUUGGUGCAGAUGUGUACCUCUUGCGUAUGAUUCUCCACGACUGGGCUUUUGAGGACUCAGUCAAGAUUCUAAGGAACCUAAUUCCAGCUCUGACGAGCAGAUCAAGGGUUCUAAUCAUGGACACGGUUCUGCCCAACCCUGGAUCGAUACCUGCUUCCAAAGAGCGACUUCUUAGAGUGCGCGACUUGACCAUGAUGCAGGUGUUCAACAGUCUUGAACGUGGUAUUGAGGAUUGGAAAUUGAUAUUUUCUGAAGUAGAUGUGGGGCUAGUGGUGGAAAGCGUUUCUACUCCUCCCGGCUCUAAUCUGUCGCUGAUUGAGCUGUCGCUGGGUAAUGAAUGA